UGCAGGAUGCCGGGCCCCAAGGACCGACUUUGGCCUAGAGGGCCUGGCCUAGAGGAUGGGUGCGGGAAAUGAGCGAGAGCGUUGAUGGUGAUCCGUAAUGGAAGUACAGCAGACUCACAGUUGAUUGGUAAGUUCUGUGGUCAAACGCUACCCAACCCCAUCUUCCCACAAUCCAACCAGCUGUACCUACGCUUCAAGAGUGACUUCUCUACUGCCCGAGAUGGAUUUGAUGCCACAUGGACGUCUUCUCCACAUGGGUGUGGUGGCAUCCUUUAUGGAGACCAUGGCUCAUUCUCAAGCCCCAACUACCCAGGAAGUUACCCAAACAAUACUCAUUGUGAAUGGAGCAUCAAGGCACCUAGAGGUCAUGUGGUAACCAUCACCUUCGCCCUGUUCAGUAUUGAUGACCCAGGAAACUGUCAAAACAACUUCUUGAAGUUAUAUGAUGGCCCAGAUACCUCCUCGGCUCCUGUUGGACCUUACUGUGGAGUGCUGUGUGUGUCACUGGUCUUAGCCAAUCCCGCAGAUGGACGAGCCGGAUGUGGUGAUCUUGUGCUGGAGUGGUUGCAAAUGGCCGACGAGGAUGAGGUUGAUUUGCAGUAG